AUGGCCUCGCAGCCUCCGGCGGGCUCUGGACCGUUGCUGGCCUCCUCGGCCGGCCCUGAUCGAGGCUCUGGAUCUCCUCCAGAGCCGCCCUCAACCUCAAGGGCUAAACGCCGCCGCGGUACUGCGGCCCAGCCACCCUGGCCCGGCCUCGUGGGAAGCCAGCCCGACACCUCUACAGCAACCCCCUUGACGGCUAAGGGGCCUUCGAACGUAACUGGGACAGCUACUGGAGCUGUCCUUAAGGCUCUCAAUGAGGAAGCGAAGCACUAUGAAGACCGAAAGGACGUCUUUAUGACUAUCGCCCAGUCUGUGGACAACGUAGUCUCCUGCUUCGAGGGCCCUAAGAAGCAGAUCGCAAAGGAGGCUACAACGCACGUAAUCCAAGCCUUGAAGAGGCUUAUGAGCAACGAGACGACGGCCCCGGCCCCGGCCCCAGCCCCGACCCUAAGCCGGAACUGGGCUAACGUGGCGGCCUCGGCUGUUACUACGGCCGCAUCCCUAGCCCGCACCGGAAACCCAUCCCGGCCUCAAGCCCAGACCCAGCCCCAGGCUGUAACCCAGCUAAAGGAGGACCUCCGGGUCUUUGCCCGUAUCCCGGAAGAGGGCCUAGGGGCUGCUAGGAAGUCCAGCAAGCCCUACUUGUAA